UACCUGACAAAUAUGACGAAGUUUUUUACCUUAACUCUUUCCUUUUAGCAAAUAUUAAGAAUAAAAAUAUAUAAAUAUAAAAAUAUAUAAAUAUAUAAAUAUGUCAACAAUUGAACAAAAAAAAGUUAAAUUAACUUCUUCCGAGGGAACGGAAUUUCAAGUUGAAAGAAGUGUAGCAGAGAGAUCAGUAUUAUUGAAAAAUAUGUUGGAAGAUGUUGGAGAAAAUGAUAUGGCAAUACCUCUUCCAAAUGUGACUGGUCCCAUUCUUACCAAAGUAAUUGAUUAUUGUACACAUCACCGUAAUGAUCCAAUACAAAAUCAUGAUGAUGACCUCAAAAAAACUUCUGAAGAUAUUGACGAUUGGGAUGCAGAGUUCUGUAAAGUGGAUCAAGGAACACUAUUUGAAUUAAUUUUGGCUGCCAAUUAUCUCGAUAUCAAACCUCUUCUUGAUCUUACUUGUAAAACGGUUGCUAAUAUGAUUAAAAACAAAUCUCCUGAGGAAAUCCGUGCAACAUUCAAUAUUACAAAUGACUUUACUCCUGAAGAAGAAGAACAAGUUAGAAAAGAAAAUGAAUGGUGUGAAGAACGAUAAUUAACUUGUCAUUAAUACAUUUCUUCUUUUUAUAUUUCUUUUCUUUUCUAUUUGCAGAAUCUUUUGAUUGUAAAUGAUGCUAUUAGAGAAGUCAAUUUUAUUAUUUAUCUUAUUUUUUUUUUAUCUUUAUUAUAGUAGUAAUAUAAACAAUAUCUUCCAUAGUAUCAUAAUCAUUAACAUUGUAAUUUGUAAAAAAAAACCCUCAAUAAUAUUAUAAUAUCAUUUUCAAAUGAAUGAAAUUAUUGUUAUAUUAUUUGAAUAAUUAUGGAAACCAAAAAAUUACAUCAUAAAAUAAAUUCUGAUUUAUUUAUUAUCU